UUUCCAUUCAAUUGCUAUUUAAAUGCUGGUCAAAAGCAAGCUUGAAAUGGCUAAAUUCAACUUAAUUGGACUUUCGUUAGUCAGUUGUUGGCUCGUCUGCCUUAGUUUUGGGUCUGUUGUUGCUGAUGGCUACCAAAUCGGUGUUGGUCGUGCAGAUUGUACGGGACCACCGAAUCAAAUUAUUUUCAUGGGAUAUGCUCAUCCUCCUCAAAGGGGAAAUGGAUUACAUUUGAGACAAUUCUCUAGAGCUUACAUUGUUGACGAUGGCAAUAGACGAGUUGUCUAUGUGGCUUUUGACGGAUCCAUGGUCUCACAUGCAGUGAAACGAGACGUGGUGAGCAAAUUGCAAGAGCUUUAUGGAAAUAUUUACUCAAUGGACAACAUUCUUUUGAGCGCCUCACACACUCAUGGUGGACCAGGUGGAUACAUGAUGUACUUCUUAUAUGAUGUGUCCAUAUUUGGCUUUGUUCGUGAAACGUAUCAAUCGCUCGUAGACGGAAUAUUCAAUAGUAUAGUUCGAGCUCACGAGAAUUUACAAAGUGGACGCAUUUACGUUGGCGAAACCGAAGUGAAAGGGGCUAGCAGGAACAGAAGUCCAACAUCCUAUUUACUCAAUCCAGAAGAAGAAAGAGCCCUGUAUGCAGGUGAUACUGACACAACUUUGAUCCAAAUGCGAUUUGUCAAUAAUGAUAACACCGUUAUCGGAGCUAUACACUGGUUCGCAACCCAUUCCGUGUCGAUGAAUAAUUCGAAUCUUCUUAUCAGUUCAGACAAUGUUGGUUACGCUGCUAUUCUCCUUGAGCAAGAAAUGAAUCCAAACUCCCGUCCAGGAAAGGGACCUUUCGUUGCCAGCUUUGCAUUGUCUAGCUUUGGUGACACAUCACCGAAUACCAACAGUCCAAAGUGUGAAUUUACAGGUGCAGUUUGUGAUCUCUUAUCGGCACCAUGUCCUUCAGAAGAUGGACUCUGUUUUGCGUCAGGACCGGGUAGAGAUCAAUUUGAAAGUACCAAAAUAAUUGCGGAGAAAAUGUACCAAGGUGCACGGAAAAUUCUGACCGAGUCUAUUGGCCGAGAAGUGCAAGGUAGUGUUAAUUUCGUUCAUCAAUUUGUCGACUUUUCAACAUACCGAGUAUCGGAAGAGAUUAGAGGUUGCGUGCCAGCUCUGGGAGUCAAUUUCGCUAGUGGAACCACCGAUGGACCUGGCAUUCCCGUAACUGAAAUAGAUUUCGAUGCAUUCUUGGGCCCGGACUCUCCUGUUGCUGACUUAAUAAGAGAACAUGCUUCACCUACCGCUGAUGAUAUUGUUUGCCAUGCUCCCAAACCCAUUCUUCUAGCUACUGGCAGAUUCACAUUCCCAUUCGAUUGGCAACCGAGCAUUGUCCCAACACAACUUUUAAAAAUCGGUGGUGUUGUACUAGCUGCUGUUCCAGCUGAAACUACCACAAUGGCUGGACGUCGUUUAAGACGCAGAGUUCAAGAAGCUAUUCUUAAAGCUGGUGGCGGUGAUGUUCAAGUCAUUACAUCAGAUGUAUCGAAUAUGUACUCCAGCUAUGUCGUAACACCAGAAGAAUAUCAAGCCCAACGUUAUGAAGCUGCAUUCACUAUCUUCGGACCCAACACUUUGUCAGUGUACAUUGAUCAGUUUGAAAAUUUGAGUCGAGCUUUAGUCAAUGGAUUGACUCUUGAAGCCGGCCCAAGUCCACCAUUCCUAGACGACCGAGUAGUAUCAACUCAACCAGAAGUAUUGUUUGAUGGUACCCCGAUCGGCCGUAGCUUUGGAAAUCUGUUGAGGCAACCAAAUCAAAAUUACAACACAGGCGAUUCAGUGGAUGUUGUGUUUGUAUCCGGAAACCCGAGAAAUAAUUUGCAGCAUGACAACACCUACUUCAAUGUCGAACGACAGAAUUCCUACGGCGAAUGGACUGUAGUUGCUUCUGACGCAGAUUGGGAAACUAAAUUUGUAUGGGAACGUACAAACCAAGUGUUAGCCCAUAGCACAGUAACUGUAACAUGGGACAUUCCAGAAAACGCAGACAGUGGACUCUAUCGAAUUCGCCAUUUCGGAACAUCCAGAGACAUUCUCGGCAGAUUUACGUCGUAUGUGGGAACGUCGAAUACAUUUACCGUGAAUAAUGGUGGACGAAGAAAGUUUCCCAAUAAAUUUUCACAUAAAAUAACGCAAUAAAUGAUUGAAAAGUAAAGAAAACAAAUUCACA